AUGCUCUUCUGUUCUCAAUGACUGAAGAAACCAACCAAAAUGAGAGGACCUUCAUAGUCUACCUGGGCAACUUCAAUCCCGAUGUGGAGCUAAAGGCACUGGACCUCAAUGGGCUGGCUCUGACUGUUUCCGAAGCUGAAGCGACGGGCUUCCUAGUCACUGAUGUCCAGCACCAGAACGGAACCCACGCAUACGUACUUGUGGUCCACUUUGAUGCUCCUAUUGUGCAAAAAAAGUUUGUGUUACCAGGGAUUAUGCAGUACACCUUAAAGAUCAACUACACCCUGAACAUUGUUCCCCAGAAUGAUCCCUACUACCACCCAGCUAGUAUUGUGGCUCAGAGUGAGAUUCGGGUUUGCUCCAUCGGCGUUAUCUCGGCUAUGUGCAAGCAGAAGAGCAUCUUCUUCCAGGUGAGCCGCAUGGGAUACAUGCGGGAGGUGUGCGUUGGGCCUGACCCCCUGACCCCUGAGCUGGCAGCACACAGAGGCUACAUCCUCAAGAACAGUACUAAUGCCCUUUUCCUGGAGGUGCCCUUCAAUGUAAUUGGAUAUGUCUCCAAGGAGAUCAGCCUCCAGUCAUUCUUUGGCACAUUUGCUCUGACUGUACGGGAUGUCAGGACCUUGAGAGUGGAAUAUGUGAACGCAAAGCGCUGUCGCUUUGAUCCUGACGAGACUGUCGUGUGCAUGCCUGAUGGAGUCAUCACUGUAGUGGCUAGUGUUGCUCCUACAGUUCCAGUAAUUGACCCUCUCGGAACCAGCCUUCUGGACAGAAGCUGCAGUCCCUCAGACACCAGUGAUACUACUGUUCUGUUCACCUUCAAUGUGACCACCUGUGGAACCAGGUUCAGGAUGGAUGGCACUUAUCUGAUCUACGAGAACGAGGUGGUGUUCAACAGGCUGCUUCUGCCAGAGAGGGCUCCCGUUGUCACAAGGGACAGUGACUACAGGUUGACUGUGAGAUGUUCCUACUCAGUUAAUGAUACCAGGAGCCUGUCUGUGAGCAGAGUGUCUGUUCUGCACAGUGCUGGCAUUGGCUCGAUAUUCAAAACUUACCCUUUGAAAGGUCUGAAAAGAAGCAGGGCUGUCCCAAGCACCCACAGUGGUAACAUGAGAGGUAAAGCUGCCUUCCAGAAGGCUGAUUUUCCCCCUCUGCAGCCUGAGGAAGGUAAGUGGCCUGUUUCUCAUCUGCGUCACACUCUGCUCCCUGCCUGGUUCAUAACCCUGUUUCUGUUGUUUCCAGAUUGGGGAACCUCCCCUGUACCAGUCCUGGGACUUGCCAUUGCCUUUUUGGGAGUCUUUUUACUUGCCUCUGUUACUGUUACAGUUUACUUCUAAUAAAAGACUUUG